AAAUGUUUAAAAAAUUAUUUAAAUAAAAAUAUUAUAAAAAAAUGUGUUGAAUAGCAAAAGCAUAUCAAAGUAAAAAGUUUUUUUUUUGGGUGAAAUUUUUAAAAAAUAAUGGAUGCCACCAUGAUGUUGUGUGAUGAACCACAACAACAGCAACGUUUACGCAAAAACAGUUCAUCCCCUCCCUGUGCCAACACCAAUACCAGCAGCAAAAGCAACAAUAGCACUUUAAAAAAGCAUCAUCAACAUCAAAUGCAGCAGCAACAGCAACAACAACAACAGGAAAUGAUGAUGACACAAGCGAAUUCAUCAGUUGCAAACCAGGAAUUAACACAAACAAACAACACCAAUGGUUGCCUAAAUAGCAGCACAGCCGCAACUGUUAGCAGCAAUGGUAUGGUGGGUGGUGUCUGUGUUAGCAGCAACAAUAAAAAUCUACAUAUCACUUCACAUUCUAAUAAUUCCUCCGUCAACUCUUCACCCUCCAAGAUCUUAACAUCAGCAUAUCAACAGCAGCAACAACAGCAACAGCAUCAUCAACUACAUCACACGCUAUCCGCUGCCACACUGCAACAUUUGCAUCAUUCGCCUCAACAGCAUCCAGCUAUAGUCAAUUUAAAACAAUGUUCCUCACAUGUUGGUGGAGGCGGUGUGGGUGUUGUUAAUUCUGGUGGUGGUGGUGGUUCUAGUAUUUGUUGUUCUGGCAGUGGUUGUUUAAGUGGCUCUUCAACGCCACCUUUACAUCAUCAUACAUUGUAUCCGGGUUUACUGAUGGCAUCAGGUUGUUAUGCAUCUAGUGGCCCCAAUUCGUUGGUAAACUCUCCGGCCAUGGGUCGUCGUAAACGUUAUACCAGCAAUUCUUCGAAUUGUUCAACACAGUUUAAUAAUAAUUAUACAGGUUUGGAUGCCGAUUCAUUGGAUGAUAUGUUAAGAAAG